CAGGUGCUGCUGACCACGACUAUGGGAGAAAUCGACAUCGAGCUCUGGAGCAAAGAAGCGCCGCUAGCAUGUCGAAAUUUCAUCCAACUCUGCAUGGAGGGAUACUAUGACAACACGAUGUUUCAUCGUAUUAUCCCAAAGUUCAUGGUGCAAGGUGGCGAUCCAACGGGAACUGGCUCAGGAGGGGAAUCAGUCUACGGCGAAACUUUCAAGGAUGAGAUCCACUCUCGCUUGAGGUUUUCGGUCAGGGGGUUAGUGGCGAUGGCAAAUGGAGGAAGAAACGACAACGGCAGUCAAUUCUUCAUGACGUUGGCACCGUGCGAAUGGUUGAAUGGGAAGCAUACAAUAUUCGGAAAGGUCACUGGCAAGACUAUCUUUAACCUAGAUGCAAUGGGAGCGAGCGAAUGCGAUCAGGAUGACCGUCCUCUCUACCCUCCUCGCAUCCUGUCGACGGAGGUCUUGUUGAACCCAUUCGAUGAUAUCAUUCCGAGAGAAGUCGCUCCCAAACAGCAAGAGGAAGAGAAGCCCAAGGUUGUCUUGUGUUUAGAUUGA